UAUCAUUACAACUAUGUUUCUACCCAUUAUGAUUGUACCGUAAGUGCUAUUUGGACAGCUUCUGUUGUAAUCUUACCUAGUGAAGAUCUGGAAAUCAUAAAAGAUCCACUUGAACAAUAUGAUUAUGAAGAUCCAUUGAAUCUUCACCCUUAUUAUUAUUAUGAUGUUAGAGAACUUUCAGAAUUAACUUCUAAGCAUGUUUUUGUAUUUGGAGCUAGUGUAGAUAAUAACGACGGAAGUUGGCAUAUGGACAGUCCAAAUGUAGCAGAUCUUUGGGCUCCAAUAUGUAUUAAAGCCAAAUCAGCUGAUUAUAUUGCUAGUGUACUUAAAAUCCCUGUUCUUACUGGUGAUUUAUUAUUUAAAUAUGUGCUUGAUUGUUUACAACCAACUAUACAAAAUAAUGGAGAGACACCACUUAAAUAUUGGAUUAAUGGAUUAAAAAGUAAAGGAGAUAUUCCAAUUGAACCAAAGCAACAUCUUUGGUAUCAUGCUUGGAAUCAUGCAUUAAAUGAUGGAAAAUUUAUUUAUUAAUUACUAUGAAUUAGUGAUUAUCAUAUUUAAAUUUUCUUACAAAUAAAUCAAAUAAAUAAAGUUAAACUAGC